GUCUGGCACCACAGAAGAGGGUAUAAGUCGAGGGGAAUGUGUUCUAAACAAUCUAUUUUUGUUUAUUUAAGGUUUUAGCGGCGGUAGUAGUCUGUACAUCAGCGAACACCGGGUGGCGCAGCCGUACACUUUUUCAUAUUGUCAGUACACGAAGAAGAAGAAGAAAAACUACACUAACACACGUGAUCUUCAUCGGCCAAUCAAAACACUGGAAGCGAAAUUUGAAAACAGCCUCGGAGGUUUCAGGUGCUCGCUGACACACUAAGCUGAAGUUAUUGACAUUUAUUUUUUUUAGCCACAAUGGAGCCGUGUAACGAAGAUGACACCAAGAUGUACUUUUACGAGAACAGACUGAAAACUUUCGCGGGGUGGCCUUUCGACGCAGACUGCUCGUGCACCCCGGAGAACAUGGCCAAAGCUGGUUUUAUUCACACCCCUUCGGAUAACAGUCCAGACACCGCCAUGUGUUUCUUCUGCCUUAAAGAGCUGGAGGGCUGGGAGCCGGAGGAUGACCCAGAAAAGGAGCAUAAAUCCCAUUCAGCAUCCUGCCACUUCAUCAACCUGAAGAAAAAAGUAGAAGAGCUGACGGUGGAGGAAUUCUUCAAACUACAGAAGGAGAAGCACAAGUCCAUCAUUAACAAAUCCUGUAACGAGGCCAUCGGCAAGUUUGAAGAGGCAGCCAAAUUGAGACGAGCAGAUAUCAUCAAGACAGCCAUGGGCGAAGAGUGACACAAGAAUAGAUGCUGAUGAAUGAGAUGGGCGGCGUGUGAGAUUUAAUUGUAGCUGGAAAGCAACUGACUGGUUUCUCUCUGUGCUGAUUUCUAUGUUCCCUUCAUGUCUUCUUUUAACACUGUGCAUCUGUCAUCUUUAAUGUCUUCAUGUGAUCUGUUUUUAUUCAUUAAAUUUGUUCUUAUCAGUUUC